AUUCAUAUUGAUAUUUAUGAAAAGAUUUCAUUUACAUAUCGAAGAAGUUUUUUAAUUCCACUUAAAUAUCCAUUUUUACCUGUGCAUCGUAUUGCUGUUCAACUUAAUAUUCCACGUACAAAUGAUAGACAAGAAAAUUGUUUAGAUCAACCAUGUAUACAUGGUCAAUGUAUUAGAUAUUUAAAUGAUAAAAGUUUUUGUCAAUGUUAUCAUGAAUGGACGGGAAAAUAUUGUACUAUUCCAUAUAGAUGUACAUGUUCAUCUGAUUCAUUAUGUAUUGGUAUAUCAUCAAAUAAUCGAUCGAUUUGUAUUUGUCCACUUCAUAAAUGGGGUUCUCAAUGUUUACUUCAUAAUACAAUAUGUUAUUCGAAUCAAAAUGCUACUUGUCAGAAUAAUGGUAAAUGCAUACAUAUUGAUGAAAAUAUCAUCUCUGAUAAGCCAUUUAUAUGUAUCUGUCCAAAAGGAUUUAGUGGAGAAAGAUGUGAAAUAGUUGAUAGUAAAAUAAUUCUCUCAUUUCAUAAAGAUAUUAUUUUACCACAAAUAAUGUUUGUUCAUUUUAUUCGAGCGAUUGAUAAUGGUCCACAUGAAAAUGGUUCUACUUUCAAAACUAUUCUUGCUAAUCAAAAAUCAGUUACUAUUCAAUGGCCACAUCCAUUUCAUGUCGCUUUUCUUGAUUUUUUCAAUAAUAACUACUAUUUAAUUAUUGUUCAAAAUAAAUACAAUCCAUCGACAAGAAUUAUUCGAACAAUUACUCGAUUAGAUCAUUGUAAACAUAUAAGUGAAAUAUUAAAUGAAACUAUCAUGAAACUUCAUCCUCUUCGUCGUAUCAAAUAUUAUCAAUUGCCAUGUCAAAAACGUUCACCACUUUUAUCUUGUUUCUAUGAUGAUAAUCAUUUUUGUUUCUGUAAUGAUUAUGAUCAUCAACGUUUAACUAAUUGUUUUGAAUUCAAUCAUGGAAUUGAACAUAAUUGUUUUGGUCAAAGUAAUUGUGAAAAUGAUGCACAUUGUUUACAAGACAAAGCAACUUGUCCACAAACAUCUAUAUGUGUUUGUCCAAAAUGUUUUUAUGGAGCAAGAUGUCAAUUUACUUCAAAUUUAUUUGAUCUUUCACUCGAUGCUAUCUUAGGUUAUUAUAUUCAACCACGUAUAAAUAUUAAACAUCAACCAUCUAUUGUACAAGUCAGUGUGGCAUUAACAAUAAUCAUUAUCAUAGCUGGAAUUACUGAUAGCGUUCUAUCGAUAAUCACAUUUGGAAAUAAAGAAUCACGUAAAACUGGUUGUGGUCUCUAUUUGUUGACUUCGUCAAUUAUUACUUUAUUUAUUAUGGUUAUUUUUGCAUUGAAGUUUUGGAUACUUAUCAUUGCA